CUGCGGACGACGUCACUUGUCCUUUGGUGGGGCGGCGCACAUGCCGCUCUCGGUCCGCUGUUCCAGCCGCACCGCACGUCAGUUUACGAAGCACCUUGCGCGUGUUAUAGUGGUCUCGUCGUCGCAAAUUUUUGGAUUUUUUUUAGUUUCUUCAUUUUGUAAAUUAAACAAUGGGUGGCAUUACACAAAGACCCUGGACUCCAACCAAAAGACGAGGACCAAUCGCCGCCGAAUACAACAGUCCAGGACCAGCGUGUGUCAAUCUCCCUUCAUACAUCGGUAAACACACAGUUGAAGCUAAGAGUGGUAGGGCGCCAGCUUUCAGCUUCGGAGCAAGACACAAUGGAAAAUUGGAGAGCAUUGGACCCGGACCUGGACAAUACAACGUGACUGGUCUCAGUGCGAAAGGAAAAGACACACCGUUGGCUGUAAGUCUUCACGGCAGGCCCAAAGAGCCGAAGCCCGAAAACUUCCCGGCUCCCGGCGACUACAAUCCUGACAAAGCCGAAAAGGUUAUCCAUGACAACAGUCCCAAAUACACUUUUGGACUGAAAACGAACGUAGAAAAACCAUUAGAUACGCCUGCUCCUAAUGCUUAUAAACCAUUCCAAAGAUCCAGUAGCAAAAGGUAUUCCUUUGGCAUGAGAACGCCGAUCCGUAAAACAUCGGACACACCUGCACCAAACGUGUACAAUGUGCCGAAAUCGGAUAAGAUGCUUCACGAAAAAUCCCCGCAGUACAGUUUUGGGGUUAAGACGCAAGUCGAAAAACCGUCAGAAACGCCCGCUCCCAAUGUAUAUAACAUUCCAAGCACGGAAAAGCUGUUGCACGAAAACUCACCAAAAUACUCGUUCGGAGUCAAAGUUAAUCUUGAAAAACCAUCCACCACUCCUGCACCCAAUGUUUACAAUGUGCCAACAUCUGAUAAAGUAUUACAUGAUAACUCUCCAAAAUACUCUUUUGGAGGAAAAGGACUCGCUGAAAAACCGUUGGAUACUCCUGCUCCCAAUGUAUAUAACAUUCCAAGCACGGAAAAGCUGUUGCACGAAAACUCCCCAAAAUACUCGUUCGGAGUCAAAGUUAAUCUUGAAAAACCAUCCACCACUCCUGCACCCAAUGUUUACAAUGUUCCAACAUCUGAUAAAGUAUUACAUGAUAACUCUCCAAAGUACUCUUUUGGAGGAAAAGGACUGCCCGAAAAACCGCUGGACACUCCCGCUCCCAAUGUAUAUAACAUUCCAAGCACGGAAAAGCUGUUGCACGAAAACUCACCAAAAUACUCGUUCGGAGUCAAAGUUAACCUUGAAAAACCAUCCACCACUCCUGCACCCAAUGUUUACAAUGUUCCAACAUCUGAUAAAGUAUUACAUGAUAACUCUCCAAAAUACUCUUUUGGAGGAAAAGGACUGGCUGAAAAACCGUUGGAUACUCCUGCACCUAACGUAUACAAUGUUGCUGAUAGGGUUUUACAUGAAAAUUCUCCUAAAUACACUUUUGGUGGCAAAGGAUUGCCCGAGAAACCUUUGGAUACUCCUGCACCAAAUGUUUACAACGUACCCACUGCUGAUAAGGUCUUACACGAUAGUGCACCAAAAUACUCAUUUGGAAACAAGGUUCAAUUGGAAAAGCCUUUGGAUACCCCCGCUCCAAACGUCUACAACAUUCCAUCGGUGGUUGGCGACAAGAAGUCCUCCCCGGCGUACACGAUUUCCGGUAGAACCAAGGAACCAAUCGACGAACGUGUGAAGAACCCAGGACCCGGUCAAUACAACAACGUAGACCCUGACAGUUACAAGGCCGAAAACUCCCCGGCUUACACCAUUAGUGGCAGAACGAACAUCCCCAAGGACGACAAAAUACCCGGGCCGGGAGUUUACUCUCCGGAAAAGGUUUGCUUAGAUUUUCCACCAGCCCACUCGUUCGGCAUCAAGCACUCCCCCUACUCAGACCACUAUUAGAGGAAAAGGUGAACGACAUCCAACGAAAACGAAGUCGACUGUGUUUCAAUUUAAUCUUGCCAUUUCACAAAAUAAUGAAGCACAGAAACGUCCAUCAUGUAUACGAAAUACAAUAAUCAGCGUUCCGUCCGUUUUCACCACAUUGUCCAUCCAUGAAUUAAGGAUGUUUUCAUUGUUUUUUCAUUCGAAAACGUCCGGGUUGUUAUAUUUAUUAUUGCAUAUUCGAUUAGUCAGGCUCUACGUGCAGUUUAUUGUUAAUAAAUACGUUUGCUUUUUAUAAUAUGUUAUUUAUAAUAUAUAGACAAUGUUGUAAGCCUUAAAAUUUUAAAUUUGUUAAUUUACUUCAUAGUUUUAAAAUAAAUCUUGUAUUAGCUUUAUUGAUUGCAGCUUCUUAACCCUAUGCGCUGGUUCCUUUUUGUGUCACAUAUUUUGUAUUUAACAUUUUAUUAUUUUUUAUAAAUAAAAAAAAUUAAAAACAAAAAA